AUGAUACGCUCAGCGGCACAGCUCGCCAAAGCUGACCUCAAUGUGGCAUCUCACCUUCGGCCCAAGACAUUCGUCAAAAAGCUUGACAAGAACAAUGAGCCCUACUACAUACUAGCGAAGAAGGGGCUAGCCAACAACCCCGACCCCGACAAGGAGUACUCUUUUUUCGAGAUGCCAAAUCUGUUGCUGGAUCUCGAUGCAGAGGGCACGCGGCACGUACGGACUGUUGAAGACGCGGAUGAGAAGCUUAUGCAGGCAAAGUGGGCGGAAGUGCCUCGACGCACAGCCGUCAAGACUCGAUUAAAGGCUUUUGAAGAGCAAUUGUAUGAGUCACGGAGGAAAGCACAUGAGAUUAUUUCCCAACCUACGAAUAUCUGGCGCAUUACCCCUCACGAUAUCGUCUCUGCAGCCCUUCAGGGAGGACCUGGGCCUCAACGGAAAUCAGCUCGGGAGUUGACACCAGCAGCUCUCAUAUCCGAAAAACCCAAGCCAACGCCGUCAAAGAACUCAGAAAUCGUCGAAAAACUCCGUUUGGAAAACGGGAUCCCACCACACGCCAUCAAUGAAGACCAACUCCUGCUGAACUGGAUGAUGCUCCGCCACAAAAGUCUCACUCAACACUCUCAAAAACGCAAACCGCCAUCAGCAACCCAGCUAAUUCAAGCUCUUGAAACCCAAACGACGAUCCUAGGCGUCCGUCGGCUAGUAUUCCAGGCCCUCGCAGCCGGCACCAGCAUAAACAGCUUCCAAAAUGAGACGAAGCCGGAAUCGAAUCUGCCUCACCAGAUACGAUCUACAUGCGCACGUAUCUUGAGCCAAGAUUCGUCCAAUCGCGAUUUGUAUCUCCAAACACUCACUUUCCUCGGGAACCUCUCAGAGCGACUCUCCUCCCACGGAGCGCAACUAGGACCGCUGCUGUGCGGACUAGCCCUGAAACUUUCCGCAGAAAUAGGCUCCUUAGAGGCACUGUCAGGGUGGUUAUAUCGCAGCCAUCACAGUGGCAGCAAGCAUAACCUACUUAUGGAAGACGUGUUGUCAGCACUCACGUCUCUGCAGAGUAUGCUCAGAAACGAACACCGUGUCACCCUGCAGUCCAUAGAGCAACGCCAGCUUCUAUUCCAAUUACUCACGGGAAUUGACGAAAACGACACCAUGGCCCUAGACUCUUUCCGUGUGUACAGCAUGAGUUUCCUGAACAAGAGUAGCUCAGGCAUCCCCAGCCACGUAUACUCCGCAUACAUCACAUUACUAGGACAGCUUGGCGCAGCACGAACACUCUGGAGAGAAUGGCGAGAAUUGCCCUCGUCUAUUUCACGAGACGACGAAGUUGUGCCCGCAUUUUGCAGCGCCCUGAAACAGGCAAUCCGCGUCAUGCCCGCCAACGAUGGCGAGCUUAACCCAGAUCCUAGCCUCGAUGAGUGCGCUACGCUGGACUAUCACGCCAUUGAGUUGCAGGAUGUGGCUGCUUGGCGGGAGCGCACCGACAGCACGGCUGGACAGGUGGGCGUUAAUGUUGCAGAUUGUCGAUCUGUUUUGGACCUGCCUCUCGCGGAGUGUAUUAAGCGGGCGAGGCUGUGGUAG